AGUGAGUCCUGUACGAAAUGGAAAAAGAAAAUGAAAAUAAAGCCGUAGAAUUACAUUCACCAAGAUCGACAAAGUCUGCCGUUGCUUCGCAUAAUAAUCAAUUACAGAAUUAUGAGUCCAUCACUUCACCGCAAAAUUUGUGUCGCAAAAAUGAAAGUUUAGUCGCCGGAAUCCAAAAUAUGUCUCGUGCUGAUUACGUUGCCAAUUGGCUGAACGAAAAUUACAAAUUUCUAAACGAAUCAGAUGUUUCGCCACCACCCGAAUUUUUAGAUUUCUCUGCCAGCAAUUGCGUUCAAUCAACUAACGUAGAUGCAGAGGAACCAAUUGAGUGUAAGGAUUCCAAUAAAGUUUUGGGUGACAGCAAUGAUGAAGGAUUGUUGUCCCAGUUUGCCCCAAAUCCUUUCAUUGAAGCCAUAGAAAAUGUGUCUUUGGAAAACACAACCGUAGAACUAGCAAAGGACGAAACGCCUGAACGGAUCAUGUUUGAAAUUAUGCAAAUACAUGUGGCAAUCCCCGAUUAUGCCCUUUCCGAUACUAUAUACAAUGUGGAUCGGCCCCUGGAAGCUAUACCCUUAGAUCUGGACAUUCCACCUAUGCCGUUACCGGCGCAUUGCAAAAUUGAUGCUCUGCUGCGAGUUCAUGUUUCAGAGGUGUAUUCGCCCUUUCAAUUUUGGUUUCAUUUCACAAAUACUGGUUAUGAUCCGCAUGAGCGUUUUAGCUAUGAGUUAAAUUUGUUUUAUUGCCAGCAGCAGGAGACGCGAUGGAAUGUGGGCACAUACUUUAUAAGGCCCGGAGUGAUUUGUGCGGCCGCCUAUUUGGGAACUUGGCGUCGUGCUAAAAUUUUGGCCGAGCCUCGGCCGAGCACUGUCAUGGUAUAUUUUAUCGACUAUGGCAUUGUGGCGGAAGUUGCGCAUUCCGAUCUGAGGUUUCUACACUUGUCUUUCUCUGAACUGCCAGCGCUUAUAUCGCGCGGUACACUCUCCCACGUUCAUCCACUGGGAUUGCAUUGGCAUCGCGAUAGCACUGCAGGGUUUAAGGAAUUGGUCAAAUCGGCCGACCUAUACGCCCGCGUUACGGAUAUCGAUCAUACAGAUCGCGUUGUGACUAUGGAUUUGUCAUAUAAUAGCAAUUUCAAUCCAACAUUUGGGAUGAUACUAACUAAAGUUGGCUUGGCUGGUAUGAGCGAGCACUUUAAGAAGGACUAUCGAGAUAUCUUCGCUGGAUGUCGAAUUCGCUAUUUGCGCGAACGCCUCCCCACCUUCGAGAUGCUGGAGAAUCACACAUUUCCGGUUGAUGCCGAUAACGCUUUCGAGGAUGCAUUCGACAAAAUCAUCUAUGCACCCGAUUUCUUUGACAAAUUCAAGCCGCCCAAGCUAAACAAUCCGUUUCGCAUAAAUCUCGAGAACGCUCUCGCUAGUUGGUUGGAGAAGAACAAGAAGGAGGAAACGGAACUGAGGAAGCUAUACAAAGAACAUAAACGCAAACUGAAGCAGCAAUUUAAUAAACAGCAAUGCGAACUUUUGGAAGAAACUAUUCCCCGGCCACUGUAGCGUAGAUUGCCCUUUCUAGCAUGAGCCUUUUAAAUAAUUUCCUUUUUUUCACAUACUUUACGAUUUAAAUCGUAUAUGUAGCUCCGAAGUCUAUAUCAGGCAGGUACCUUCAUGUAAUCGAAUAUAUGUAUUAAAAAGUAGUUGAAAUAUUCAAUUAUUAAACAAGGCGCUUAAUUCCAAAAAUC